AUGACUAGUGACUUUAGUAGACACGCGCCAUUCUCCUACUACUACACGCACGACCCGGUAGUACCCGCGUGUGGUAAUGUGAACGUCAAAAUGGAGCAGCUAGAAGUGCCAUCCACCAUGCCGGAAUCGAACUACCUUGGGACGAACUACACCUAUACCUCCAGCACAGCCUCCACCACGUCCGCCCCGAACGUGGUGGUACUACCCGGGUUCAUGGACAACUAUCCGGACAGCUGGAUGACACCGAGCCCGUCCAGCUUUGGGUCGGAAAGUCCCGACUACUAUUCGCUCGCCAAUUCGCCCCAGCGCAGCUUCGUCGAUGUGGAGGAGUACAAGGAAAACCUACUGGCCAUGCAGCACACCUCACAGCUUCCCCAUCUGACCACCGGAACACUUCCGCUCUCGCCACCGCUUGCCACCGUACAGCUACCACAACCGGUCAGCAAUACAACGACAACAGCUCCCAGCACUAAUCUACCUGUGAAGAAACGUCAGUACAAUCGAAAACCGAAAGCCAGACAGGAACCAACGAAAGGCGUCGAAACGGAUGCCACCUCCCGGUCCGAUCUGUCAUGUCUCACGUUGCAGAAAACGUGCUCAAAACCUACCGACCCACAUGGUACGAUAGGUUCCACCGGCCCCGCCAGCAUUGUCGCAGUGAUCGGUAAGCGAAAGCGCAAACAGGUACCACCGCAGAUCAAGAAGAAGCGCCGCCUGGCGGCUAAUGCACGCGAGCGGAAACGGAUGCAGAACCUCAACGAUGCCUUCGAUCGACUCCGCCAGUAUCUACCGUCGCUCGGGAACGAUCGUCAGCUGUCGAAGCAUGAAACGCUUCAGAUGGCACAGACCUACAUAACGGCGCUCUGUGAUCUGUUGCAGUGA